GGUCAGGCCAAAGCUGCGACGUCCUCGGAGCUGCCCAGGAGCCUGAGACUGGGACACUGAGCCCCAGGUAGUUUUGAACAGCCCAGGUUGUGCAGUCAGGGGUCAGUCAGGUCUGGCAGAGGAAAGGAAUGAAACCAGGAGCACCUCAAAGUCCAGCCCGCGGGGCACUGACUCCAGCAGAUGAGGCAGCGCUGACAGCAAUGGAGCCUGGAGCUUCAGGGGCCCUGCUCAGGACCGAGGCAGCUCCGCGCUCAGCACCGGGCUCUGAAGUUAGCCUGCACGCCUACGACAUCGGGGUGGUGGUCACCUAUUUUGUCUUCGUCACUGCUGUGGGGAUCUGGUCGUCUAUACGUGCAAGCCGAGGGACCAUUGGUGGCUACUUCCUGGCGGGAAGAUCCAUGAGCUGGUGGCCUAUUGGAGCGUCUCUGAUGUCCAGCAAUGUGGGAAGCGGCUUAUUCAUCGGCCUGGCUGGGACAGGAGCUGCUGGAGGCCUUGCCGUGGGAGGCUUUGAGUGGAAUGCAACCUGCCUUCUCCUGGCCCUCGGUUGGAUCUUUGUCCCUGUGUACAUCGCAGCCGGUGUGGUCACGAUGCCUCAGUACCUGAAGAAGAGAUUUGGGGGUCAGAGGAUCCAGGUGUACAUGUCUGUCUUGUCUCUCAUCCUCUACAUCUUCACCAAGAUAUCGACUGACAUCUUCUCUGGAGCCCUCUUCAUCCAGAUGGCCUUGGGCUGGAAUCUCUAUCUCUCCACGGCGAUCCUGCUGGUGGUGACAGCUGUCUACACCAUUGCAGGGGGCCUCACAGCUGUGAUCUACACAGAUGCUCUGCAGACAGUGAUCAUGGUUGGGGGAGCCCUGGUCCUCAUGUUUCUGGGUUUUCAGGAGGUGGGCUGGUACCCAGGCCUACAGCAGCGGUACAGGGAGGCCAUCCCCAAUGCCACAGUGCCCAAUACCACCUGUCACCUCCCACGGCCUGAUGCCUUCCACAUGCUUCGGGACCCUGUGAGCGGAGACAUCCCAUGGCCAGGUCUCAUUUUUGGACUCACGGUACUGGCCACCUGGUGUUGGUGCACAGACCAGGUCAUCGUGCAGAGGUCUCUAUCUGCCAAGAGUCUGUCCCAUGCCAAGGGAGGCUCAGUGCUGGGGGGCUACCUGAAGAUCCUCCCCAUGUUCUUCAUUGUCAUGCCUGGUAUGAUCAGCCGGGCCCUGUACCCAGAUGAGGUGGGCUGCGUGGACCCUGAUGUCUGCCAAAGAGUCUGUGGGGCCCGAGUGGGAUGUUCCAACAUCGCCUACCCCAAACUGGUCAUGGGUCUCAUGCCCAUUGGUCUGCGGGGUCUGAUGAUCGCUGUGAUCAUGGCGGCCCUCAUGAGCUCGCUCACCUCCAUCUUCAACAGCAGCAGCACCCUGUUCACCAUCGACGUGUGGCAGCGCUUCCGUAGGAAGGCAACAGAGCAGGAGCUGAUGGUGGUGGGCAGGCUGUUUGUGGUGUUCCUGGUGGUCAUCAGCAUCCUCUGGAUCCCCAUUAUCCAGAGCUCCAACAGUGGACAACUCUUUGACUACAUUCAAGCUGUCACCAGCUACCUGGCUCCACCUAUCACUGCUCUCUUCCUGCUGGCCAUCUUCUGCAAGAGGGUCACAGAGCCUGGAGCCUUCUGGGGCCUCAUGUUUGGCCUGGGAGUGGGGCUUGUGCGCAUGAGCCUGGAGUUCUCAUUCCCAGCCCCAGUCUGCGGGGAGGUGGACAGGAGGCCCACUGUGCUGAAGGACUUUCACUACCUGUACUUUGCCCUCCUCCUCUGUGGACUCACUGCCAUCGUUAUUGUCGCCAUCAGCCUCUGUACAACCCCCAUCCCUGAGGAAAAGCUUGUUCGUCUGACCUGGUGGACAAGGAACUGCACCCCCUCUGAGCUGGAUAAGGAGGCCUAUGAGAAUGAGAAGGAAGGCUCACCAGGGCUGGCAGAGAGGCGAGCUGGGGAGUGCCCUGCAGGAAGUGGAGCAGCAGAGAACCCGAUGGAAGGCUUGGAGCAGGUUGGAGGACCAGGUCCUCACUCCUAUAAAGCUUCUGACAUGGGAAGAACAUCGGACAAGGAGGAGCUGUGCAUAGCCCCACGCAGGUCCUGGGGAAAGCUGCUCUGGGACUGGUUCUGUGGGCUCUCCAGGGUCCCUGAGCCAGCUUUGAGCCCAGCAGAGAAGGCUGCACUAGAGAAGAAGCUGACCAGCAUCGAGGAGGAGCCAUUCUGGAGAAGCGUCUGCAAUAUCAAUGCCAUCCUCUUGCUGUCCGUCAACAUCUUCCUUUGGGGUUAUUUUGCAUAACUUCACAGAUGUCAUUUGGCCAAGACAGAGUCAACACAAAAACAGGCUCUCCUUCCACCUGCUAUCCAAAAUGGAGGCGAUAGAGGCUGGGGGCACAGGAACACCUGAAGAGCAUCUAAUCCAACACACCUGGCAAGUGGAGAAAUGGAGGCCCAGAGAGGGCAUUGGGUUUGCUCAGGCUGCACAGCAGGACUCACAGUGCCUUUCCAGACUCCAGCUCUUUCCCUUACACUGCCUUACAUUCCUACCUCAAAAACACUGGUUCAACCCUCUUGUUGAGUCUAUUCGGGAAGGUUUACUGUAUGUGAGUCUUGAGGUUAGAAAAGUGCAAAAUACAAGAGGAGUAGCAGCGAAAAAUUUGCAAAGUCAAGUGUACCUUCCCCAAGUCCCUUUUCUUCUUUCCCCUUCCAGUGCCCCCAUGUCUUGGUCUAUUCUCAAUACCUGGUGAUCCAUUUGUAGCAUGAGUCUACAGAGAAGGGCUUUAUAUGUCCAUCGAUAACUCCACAGUUGCAGCUAUCAAACCCAAAGGAGUGAGGGGCCGAGGGUGGAAUUUAGAUAUGAUGGCAGAUGGCACUGGGGGCCAUCUUGGAGAAGGCACUCUGCUUGGCAUUACCCCAAUUCUUUUUUUUUUUUUUUUUUCUACUCUUAAACCUAAACCUGCACACAGUCUCCAUGGCUUCAAGGAAUUUGAAGUCCAGUUGGAGAGAGGUGACCUGUUGAAAGCAAGAAGAAUCAAGACAUGUUGCUGUGCGCCUCGGGGUAAGCCCUCAGGGGCAGCACACAGCCCAGGAGCCACUGCCUGUGUGCCUCUGACCCCUCCCUUUGCCUGGCACCCGUGUGCCUACCCUGGAAACACUGUGACUGGUUUAAGUGCCCCUUCUCCAGGAAGCUGCCCUAACACCCAGCACAGUCAAGGCCACCCUCCUAUGCUCACAACCCCUGGAUCUGCUUCUGUCAGGACACUGAUCACAGUUGUUGGUGAUAUCUCGUCCUAGACGGUGCACUCCAAGGGCAGGGGUCAAUGACCAUGCCCAAAGUGACUUUGUACUCAGAAUAACAGGUGCCAAUAAAUGCUUGUUGACCUAAUAAAUCCUCCAAGGUCUGGUGG